AUGUCACGCACGAAGAAAGCCGCGCGGAAGCAAGGAAAAUCGCAGAAACGUAAGGCGGAAGAUGAUUCUGAGGAGCCACCAGCGAAGGCUCAAAAGGUGUCUGAGAAGCCGGAAGCAAGGACCAAAACGCCGCAUCAAGGAGAGCCUGCUCAGCACCGGUCUGUCAGCCAUGACGAAUCCAUCGCAAAGAGAGAUCCAGCACUCCUGGCAGACUUCUUUGCACAGAAAGUGGCGAAACAUUAUGGUGACACUACCAUCAUUGAACAACAAGACAUUGGGAUCGCCAGAGAUUGGAUUUUGGAUACAACCGAGUUUGACCAGCCGCAUAUUGCAGAGAACCUGCCCGCUUAUCUGGACAAGUUCGUGGAAGGUGGCAGAGAUGCCUUGACAACCGUCGACGCCGACGGCACCCCCAAAGCCCUGAUCAUCUCGCCAUCUGGCAUUCGAGUUGCAGACGUUGUGCGAGAGCUCCGAGAAUACACUACUGCUACCUCGAAAGUGGGAAAACUCAUCGCCAAACAUCAGAAGCUGAAGGAAAACAUCGACUACUUGUCCAAAACGAAGACCGGCAUAGUGGUGAGUACGCCAGCACGAUUCAGAGAUCUCGUCAAUCACGGCGCACUCAAAACCUCAUCUCUUGUUGCCGUCGUCAUCGAUGCCUCGUACCAAGAUGAGAAGCGAAGGAUGCUCACCGACAUGGCAGAAAUAUUCAAACAAUUGAUCGAGUUUCUCGGACAAGACAGCAUCAAAACCAGACUGGACGAUAGCCAUGGAGCAACGCUACUCGUCUUCUAA